AUGCAGGCGUCUUAUAUGGAUGCAAACGGCUCCACAUUUUCCAAUGAGAGCCUACACGAAGAGUAUCAUAAAUCGAGCUUAUUUCGAUUGUUUGAUCAAUUCGAAGACCUGGGUACAUCAUUGUACCACCUUGCCUGGCCGAUUUUAGUGGCUGGGAUCUGCAGCUGGCCCAAUAUUGAAAGAAUGCGCCUCGUCAGGUAUCUUACUAAGGUUAUGCUUGAGAAGACUAAGUUCUGGUACUAUAGCAGGAUUGUAGCUUUUCAUGAGGAGCUAUGGGAGAGCUCUCAGUCUGAUUGGACCAAACUUGCUGCUGAUUGGGAGAGGAGAGGCCUGCAGAUCAUUGCAGUCUAA